GACCACCGUCGCUCUGCGCAUUGCAUUACCCAUUCGCGAGCCUCCAGCGUCGUCGACUGAUCCAUGUUGGCUUAUCUGACCACCGGCAGCAGCAUUCGAUUUCUGCGCUACUGCCGUAUUUUCCUGCCACCUGUCCCCGCAACUCCUUUUUCUCUACUCACCAGGAAGAGCUCUCGUGCCCUCAUGGAGACAACAAACACCACCAGCUCUUCUUUCGCUUCUUUUGCUCGUUCGGAUAGAAGUGGUGGUAGAGGAAAGGAUAUGGAGAUGAGAACUGAUAGAGGGAGAUCAAGGGGGCGUGGUGGCGGUGGCGGCUCUAGCAAAGAUAAAAUCGAUGCUCUUGGUAGGCUAUUGACGCGUAUUCUGCGCCAUAUGGCUUCUGAGUUGAAUUUGAGUAUGCGGAGUGAUGGGUACGUGAAGGUUCAGGAUCUAUUAAAGCUGAAUAUGAAGACUUUUGCUAAUAUUCCGUUAAAAUCACACACUAUUGAUGAUGUUAGGGAGGCUGUCAGAAAGGAUAAUAAGCAGCGUUUCAGCCUCUUUGAAGAAAAUGGGGAGCUUCUGAUACGUGCAAACCAAGGCCACACAGUAACGACGGUUGAAUCUGAAAGCUUAUUGAAACCCAUCCUUUCAGCUGAAGAAUUUCAAGUGUGCGUACAUGGAACCUAUAGGAAAAAUUUGGAAGCAAUUCUGGAGUCUGGUCUGAAACGCAUGAAAAGAUUGCAUGUUCACUUUUCAUGCGGCUUGCCAACAGAUGGGGAAGUGAUAAGUGGUAUGAGACGGGAUGUCAAUGUUUUGAUCUUCCUAGAUGUCAGAAAGGCUUUGGAAGAGGGAAUGAAGCUUUACAUUUCAGACAACAAGGUCAUCUUAACUGAAGGUUUUGAUGGUGUUGUGCCGGUCAAGUACUUUGAAAAGAUAGAAUCCUGGCCUGACAGGAAACCCAUACCAUUUUGAACCUUUAUUGGCACAAAACAGCCUAGGAUGAGUGCAGUUUUUGAUUGAUCAUUUUUGUUGCUUAUCAUUUUAAAUUGCUUGGGGUUAUAUUGAUGUCAUAAGAAACAUAUAUUGUUUGGAUAUGUAUAUACUUUUAAUAUAUAAGUAAGAAUUUAUUGAA